UCUGUCUCCCUCUGCAGGCGACUUCGUGAUCCUGCUGAACGCUGGGAUGAGCAUCCAGCAGGCCCUGUUCUUCAACUUCCUCUCAGCCUGCUGCUGCUACCUGGGAAUGGCAUUCGGAAUUCUGGCCGGGAAUCAGUUCUCCCCAAACUGGAUCUUUGCCCUGGCCGGGGGGAUGUUCCUCUACAUCGCGCUGGCAGACAUGUUCCCGGAGAUGAACGAGGUGAGCCGGGAGGAGGAAGAGGCCGGAGGGAGCGGCUCUUUCGUCACCUUCAUCAUCCAGAACGCUGGCCUGCUGACGGGAUUCAGCAUCAUGCUGCUCCUGACCGUCUACUCAGGACAGAUCCAGCUGGGAUAGCGGCGGAUCGGGACUAAACCCGGUUCCUGCUGGACUAAACUGAACAUUUGAACCCCCCGGCCUGUAGGGGGCGCACCCAAAGAGUCGAGAGCGGCGGACUCGGGCGUUAGCUCUGAGUUAAAACUGAACUGUGCAGUUUUUGUUUUUGGAAAAAGACAAACUGGACCAGCUGGACUCGGUCUGGACCAAAACCUGGAACACAAACCAGCGAUUCGAACCAGUCCAGGAGCAGAGUACUAACCCUGGACUGGACCUGACCGGAACCCAGUCUAAAUGAGCCAGUUGACGUGCAGCAGACGGAUCAAACUGACCUGGAAUAUGCAUCUGCUUUAUUUUACUUCCGUUGUUCUACCAAAUCUUCCUUCGUUUGCUUUCUUUCUUCCUUUUUUUUCCCGUCUUUAUUCCGUACAGUGGCCUUGCCUGUCUUGUCAUCAUAAUUAUUAUUAAUGCAAAAGGAUGUUGUUUGUGUACGUGGCGUUGUGUCUAAGCUUUUAAACUCAUAAAC